GUGGUGGGUGAGAGGAGGGGCAUCCUUUCUGCGGGGGGCGAUGAGUCUCCGGGCAUCGUUGCUCCGGGUGAAGAAAUUACCUGGAGCGCUGGAGCGCGGAGCUAAGUGGUUUGCGGAGCAGGAAGUAUUGGAAGGCUCCCACGCGUGAGCUCAUUGGGAAUUGGUCCUUUUCAGAGCUCUCCAAGAAGGGUCUGAAUUCGGAGCAGGAAAGGAGAGCCUCGGCACUAUGGGAAAGCAUAAGGACCACGACCGGAAGGGCAAGGACAAAAGCGACAGGCACAAGAAGAAGCAUAAGAAGAAGGAUGGUCGCGACGAGAAGGACAAGAAGCACCGGAAGGAGACGAAGGGCAAGAGGUCUAGAUCACCAUCUGGCUCGGAGUCUGGGAGCAGUGCGGAUGAGUGGCUGGAGAAAGUAGCGCCCGGGUCGUCUAGUGCACCAGCUACGGACAUAGAUAUCGCAACUCUAGCACCAACACCAGCAGCCGCUGUACGCGAGGACUGGAUGGCAGCGCCGUUCGAGGGCUUCGACUUCUCUGGGACACGAGGGAUGGUCGUUCCUCGUAAGAAGGAUAGGGACGUUGAGCGGGAAGAAGAGGAGAAGCGACGGUUGGCUAUCCGCUCCGAGAGAGAGCUGAAUCCAUAUUUCGCGAGCGGAGGAGAUGGGAUACCGCCAACAGGGAAGGAGACGGCUGCACAAGCAGAAGCUCCAAAACGACGCUACGAGUUUGGCGACAGCGGCUCGAAUUGGAGGAUGAUGAAACUGCGGCGUGUCCUGGAGACGGCUGCGGAAGAGAGCAGGGGACUAGAGGAGGUUGCGCUUGAGCGAUAUGGCUCCCUGGCGGAUUUCCACGACGCGCAAGAGGAACGAGCGUUCCUGGACGACCGCCGAUCAGCAGGCGGCUCGAAGAAGGAUGAGUUUGGGAGAGAUAUCCCGUACAGACCUACUGUGAGAUCUAGUUCAUCGUUUCAGCGACCGCCGCACGAUGGGGCAUCCGGAAAGCGGCCGGCGGAUGAUAGCAGGAGCGAUACGUCGUCGAAACGGUCGAAGGUGGAGCUUUCCCGAGAGAGUAGCUGGGCGUCCCAGUCUCGCGGCACUCCUGUCAUCCCAGCGGCGGUCGUGCCGAUACCAGCCGCAAAGCCACCCGCACAAGCGGGGACCAGCUCCGCUUUUGGAGGCAAAGCGGAGGGGGCAAUACUUUCGAAGAACGAGCUUAAUGCCCUGAACUCUAAAGUUUUGAAAGCGAAGCUGAUGGGACUUCCCAAUGCAGCGAAAUUGGAAGCGGAAUAUGAACUGCAGAAGAAACGAGCCGAGGGAGGGCGAGAUAACAACGCAAGCCACGUUGUGCUUUCAGCAGUCGAUAGCAGAGGCCAAUUGCAAGAUAUCGGCUCAGGCGCGUCCACGCCUACGAGCCAAGGUCCUCAGCGAAAACGGGUGAAAGUGGAUAAAGGAACUCACGACGCGCAGGGCAACCGCCUCCGCUACGGCACAGAGGAAGACAAGCAAGGUCUGACGGACCUCAUUCUGCAGGAGAAGAUGGCCGGAGUCCACGAUUUCGACGCCCACAUGGCGGAUCGGAUCGCCAAAGACGCCACGUACGUGGACAACCUCGACUACAUGGACGACAACAUCGAUAAUCUCGCCAAACGGAAAACGACGACCGAACAGCAGAAGAGGAGUAUCGCGAUCGGCGAUUUCCAGAAACACGAGAAGGCGGUGGCUAGAUGUCCUUAUUGCUAUCAUGAAGGGGAAAAGCCGAAGGCGCCCAUCGUCGCGCUCGGCAUCAAAUCGUAUCUUGCGCUGCCGGAGGUGGUUGAUAUGGUGCAGGGUCAUUGUCUCAUUGUGCCUAUCGAUCACGUUCUCACGACGUUGGAAUGCGAUGAUGAGACUUGGGAUGAGAUUCGGAACUUCCAGAAGUGUCUGCUACAAAUGUUUGCCGCGCAGAAGCAAGGCGUUGUCUUCAUGGAGCAGGUCAUAAACUUCAAAUGGCAUAAGCACACGGUGAUCGAAUGUAUUCCGGUGCCUCUCAGCAACUGGGAGGACUGCCCUGCUUACUACAAGGAAGCAAUCCUAGCAGCAGACGAAGAAUGGACCCAGCACCGCAAACUCAUCGACACCUCCAAACACGGUUUCCGCCGCUCCAUGGUCAAGAACCUCCCCUACUUCCACGUCUGGUUCGACCCCAACCGCGGGAUGGGCCACGUCAUCGAGGACCAGGAGAACUGGAACGAGUGGUUUGGGAGGGAGGUUAUUGCGAGCUUUUUGGAUUUGUCGCCGGAUAAGUGGAGACGCCCGAGGUGGAUCAACCCGAAGGACCAUGCGCCGAGAAUGAAGUGGUUUUUAGAGAAGUGGAAGGGGUAUGAUUGGACGGCGAUGUUGGAGGGUGGGGCUUAUUGAACGUACGCGAUCUGCCGAUUCCGCACGCAUACACGGUGGGGAUCAUCGGGUUCCAUUUACAACAUCACGGGCAGGGUAGAAUGGGCCAUACUUCAGCAGCAGAGUCGGCGCAUUUUGGCGCGAAAAGCCUCAUGCACGUCGCCAUUAAGUACAAUACUUUCGUCUAUCUGAGGACCAUACCCGGAACUUCUAUAUUGUCACAUUCACGUCGCCCCCGACUCAUUCCUCGCAACAUGCACCACCCCCUCAACCGCAUAAAACGAAACAUCAACAUCUCUCUGCACAAAACGCUGCUUGACCUGCGCAGCCUGCCCUGUCUUCACCGGCGACUGAUGCUGAUUCAGAGCGCCGUUACUGCCAUGCUUCUCCGCGGCGGCUUGUGCUGAUCCUUUCGC